UUGAAUAUUACUUAGUAGGAUACCUAAAUGCAUCUCAUAUAAGACGCCGGAAACGAAAAAUAUAUCACUGGACAAAUUUUGUCAUCGGCUUUGCCAAGGACUCGAAAAGGAGGGGAAGUUUUUUUCUCCAUUCUCCAACGCCUUCGAAAAGGAGGGGUUAUAUUCUCCAUGGAUUCAUUGGAAUGUUGAUGAAUGACUGCAAUGGAUUGCGUUUCGAAAGUUCAACUUCACGUUUCCUGCGAGGGACUGAUAGAUAAAGACGUCUUGUCCAAAUCCGACCCCAUUUGUGCUGUAUAUAUCUUGGAUGAGGGAUACAAACAAUGGCGAGAGUUUGGUCGCACCGAGAAAGUCUCAAACAAUUUGAAUCCACAGUUCACAAAGGCAAUUGACAUUGACUAUCAUUUUGAAAAAGUUCAAAAACUACAGUUUUCAGUUUUUGACAUUGAUAAUGAGACAAGUAAAUUGGAUGAUGAUGAGUUCCUGGGUCACAUGGAAUGUAAUCUCGGCCAGAUUGUUUCAAAUGUUCGCUAUACACAACCUCUGAAAUUAAAAAGUGGUCGAACUCAUGGAAAAAUAACCGUUACUGCUGAGGAAAUUUCAAAGAGUAAUGACAGAGUUAACUUGACAUUCAGAGCUCAAAAACUGGACAAAAAGGAUUUUCUUGGCAAGUCAGAUCCAUAUUUGAUGAUUUCAAGGCAGUUACCUGAUGGUAGUUUUGCAUCAGUUCAUAAAACCAAGGUAAUAAAAAACACCCUUGACCCAGCUUGGCCACCCUUUAGUCUACCUGUCAACACGCUCUGUAACGGAGAUUAUAACAGACCUAUUAAGUUUGAUUGUUAUGAUUGGGACAGCGAUGGUAGCGAUGACUUGAUUGGAACAUUCACAACUACAUUCAAUGAAAUGUUAAAAGCAAAUGAAAGAGAGGUAUCAUGGCCAUGUGUGAAUCCAAAGAAACAGAAGAAGAAGAAUUAUAUGAACUCAGGGAUUGUGUAUCUCAGUAGCUGCCAGGUAACACAUGUACAUUCAUUCCUGGAUUACAUCAUGGGAGGAUGUCAGAUCAAUUUUACCGUCGGUAUCGACUUCACAGCAUCAAACGGUCACCCGGCUCAGCCGACAUCGCUACAUUUUAUUAACCCGUACCAACCCAACGAAUACAUCAAAGCACUAACCGCCGUUGGGGAGAUCUGUCAAGACUACGACACUGACAAACUGUUCCCCGCCUUUGGAUUUGGAGCACAGCUGCCCCACGACCUUAGGGUUUCUCACGAGUUUGCACUAAAUUUUAAUCCAACUAAUCCGUACUGUCAAGGUAUUCAAGGAGUUGUUGCAGCCUAUCAGAACGCCAUUAGUCAAGUACAUUUAUACGGUCCGACUAAUGUGUCACCAAUCAUAAAUCAUGUCGCCAAAUUCGCAGAAGAAGCCGCACAAGAAAACAGAGCAUCGCAAUAUUUUGUUCUUCUACUCCUGACAGAUGGUGUCUUAUCAGAUAUGUCACUAACAAUUGAUGCUAUCGUUAGAGCUUCUCAUUAUCCGCUAUCAAUCAUUAUAGUGGGCGUGGGAGCCGCUGACUUCACUGACAUGAACGCACUGGACUGUGAUGAGGGCAGGUUAAAAUCUCGUAGCGGAUUUGCAGCAAGAGAUAUAGUCCAGUUUGUUCCGUUUCGCCAAUUUGCUAAUCAACCCCCCUGGGCGUUGGCUCAAGCUGUUCUGGCUGAAGUACCGAAUCAAGUCUCCGAAUAUUUCACAAUGAAGAAAUUAACCCCUGGUGUUAGACCACCACAGGCUUAGAAAAUAAACUCGA